GAUGCAACGUCCUAGUCGAGGAAGCCGCCGGUGCACGUUGGGGUGACAAGGCGGCAGAGUCUUGGAGACGAUGUCCUUGGAGGUGACCGGGCCGACCGCGGGGAUGGUACUAGCAGAGCUCUAUGUCUCCGAUCGAGAGGGAAAUGAUGCUACAGGUGAUGGAACCAAGGAGAAACCUUUUAAAACCGGCCUAAAGGCUUUGAUGACAGUAGGAAAAGAACCGUUUCCCACCAUUUACAUAGAUUCACAAAAAGAAAAUGAGAGGUGGGAUGUUAUUUCUAAAUCACAGAUGAAGAACAUUAAAAAAAUGUGGCAUAGAGAACAAAUGAAGAGUGAAUCCCGGGAAAAGAAAGAGGCAGAAGACAAUUUGCGGAGAGAAAAGAACCUGGAAGAAGCAAAGAAGAUUACCAUUGAAAACGAUCCAAGUCUCCCAGAGCCAAAAUGUGUGAAGAUUCAUGCACUAGAAGGAUACAGAGGCCAAAGAGUAAAGGUAUUUGGCUGGGUCCACAGGCUGCGUAGACAAGGAAAGAAUUUAAUGUUUCUGGUGUUGCGGGAUGGUACGGGCUAUCUUCAGUGUGUCUUGUCAGAUGAUUUGUGUCAGUGUUACAAUGGAGUCGUCUUGGCCACUGAGAGUAGUGUUGCGGUGUAUGGAAUGCUAAAUCUGACUCCAAAGGGCAAACAGGCUCCCGGUGGCCAUGAGUUGAGCUGUGACUUCUGGGAACUGAUCGGGCUGGCCCCUGCUGGAGGAGCUGAUAACUUGAUUAACGAGGAGUCUGACGUGGACGUCCAGCUCAACAACCGACACAUGAUGAUUCGGGGAGAAAACAUGUCCAAGAUCCUGAAAGCACGCUCGGUGGUCACCCGGUGCUUUCGAGAUCACUUCUUUGAUAGGGGGUACUAUGAAGUUACUCCUCCAACGUUAGUACAAACACAAGUGGAAGGAGGUGCUACACUCUUCAAGCUUGACUAUUUUGGGGAAGAGGCAUUUUUGACUCAGUCCUCUCAGUUGUACCUGGAGACCUGCAUUCCAGCUCUGGGAGAUGUGUUUUGUAUUGCACAGUCAUACCGGGCAGAACAAUCUAGAACACGAAGGCACCUGGCUGAAUACACUCACGUGGAAGCAGAGUGUCCUUUCCUGACCUUUGAGGAGCUCCUGAACCGAUUGGAGGACUUGGUUUGUGACGUGGUAGAUAGAGUCUUGAAAUCACCUGCAGCGAGCAUAGUGCGUGACCUCAACCCGAACUUCAAGCCUCCCAAACGGCCUUUUAAGCGGAUGAACUAUUCAGAUGCUAUUGUGUGGCUGAAAGAACACAAUGUAAAGAAAGAAGAUGGGACUUUCUAUGAAUUUGGAGAGGAUAUCCCAGAAGCUCCUGAGAGACUGAUGACGGACACCAUUAACGAGCCUAUCUUGCUAUGUCGAUUUCCUGUAGAGAUCAAGUCCUUCUAUAUGCAGCGAUGUCCUGAGGAUUCCCGCCUUACAGAAUCUGUUGAUGUGUUGAUGCCCAAUGUUGGUGAGAUUGUGGGAGGCUCAAUGCGUAUCUGGGAUAGUGAGGAAAUACUGGCAGGUUAUAAAAGGGAAGGAAUUGACCCCACUCCUUAUUACUGGUACACAGAUCAGAGAAAAUAUGGCACAUGUCCUCAUGGAGGAUAUGGCUUGGGCUUGGAACGAUUCUUGACCUGGAUUCUGAAUAGAUAUCACAUCCGAGAUGUAUGCUUAUACCCACGAUUUGUCCAGCGUUGCAAGCCGUAACUGAUUCCUCCAGAAGCAUUAAGGAAAGAAUAUAGUUUAUGAAGGGAACAGACUGCCUCUUAACAAAACAAAAACAAAAAGCCAAAAUCUUCCCUUUUUUUAUUCCAUUGGUGUAUAGCCAUUUCUUUUUUC